AUGACAGAGAGUCAUAUGGGGUGUCUGAGCCCAGCGUUGCUCAUUCAGGUGGCUUACACCAAGCAGAAGGGGCUUGAUGAGCAGUACAGGCUGCCUUUGAAAUGUUUUGGUGUGAUGCUUCUGGCCUGGAGACAGCAGCACCCUGAGCUAGCAUCCAGCAGGGUAGCUCAGGGUGCUUGUGCUCAUGUUGACAGACUCAGACAUCACACCUGCAUUACUCAAGCUGCCCUCCCUCAUCAGGAGAGCCUGACACCUGACUCUGGUGUUCCCAUUAAGUCGACUGCAUACACCCAGGACCUCAUGGAACCUGUCAGCAUCCCAGUCACCACACCUGCUGAUCAUGUGGACUCCAGACAUUGCACCUGCAUUACUGAAGAUUCAAAGCUCGCUGGAGCCUGCCUGAGGGGCUCCCAAUCCAAUUCUACACUGGCCUACUCAGCCAGCAAUGGUUAUGUUUCCCCUCCAAAUUCCCCCCAGACUGCCAUCUCCCAUUCCAACCACACAGCAGCUGCUGUGCCAGGAUCCCUUGUGAUGAUGGCCUCCACUGAGUGCCCAGCUCAUGCACCCAGCCUUGGCACCAUUUGCAGAUCAGGUACUCUUGCCAAUUGCUCAGAGGAUGAUCUCCCUCCUGCAUACCAUGGAACCUCACAUCCACUCAAUUCAUCCUCUCUGCUGGAUGCUCAUCCAGCAAGUGAUGACAAAGCAGUCCCCUUGUAUUGCCAUCAUGAGGUGCUGCCUCCCUGCUACAUGCCUCCUCACAAACAACUCAAGCUACCUCUGAACCUCUCACACUCAUCUUCACCUAUGCCAUCCACAUCCUCUUCCUUGCCUCCUUUGCCUCAUCUGGUGGCCUUGGACAAGGCCACCCUCUGA